AGAUUGGCAACUGCGUGCAGCUGUCAUCGUUAGACCUCCAGCACAAUGAACUACUAGACUUGCCACAGUCCAUCGGUAACCUCAGAGCUUUGAACAGACUGGGGUUAAGGUACAACCAACUGACUGGUGUCCCUCAGUCGCUGAGUCAGUGCACAGAGCUGGAAGAACUGAACGUAGAAGGCAACAAUAUAGCAACAUUACCGGAGGGCCUCCUGUGCAGUCUUUGUAAUCUCACCAGUUUGUGUUUAUCGAGAAACAACUUCACCUCAUACCCAGUCGGGGGACCACAGCAGUUUGCCACAGUCUAUUCAAUAAACAUGGAGCACAACCAGAUCAACAAGAUUCCGUUUGGCAUCUUCAGUUGCGCUCGCUACGUCACCAAACUCAACAUGAAAGACAACAAGCUAAUGGCUCUGCCACUGGAUGUUGGGAGUUGGACCACCAUGGUUGAGCUGAAUCUAGGAACCAAUCAAUUAACCAAAUUACCAGAGGAUAUCCAGUUCCUGACGUCACUGGAAGUACUCAUACUCAGUAACAACUUCCUCAAGAAACUUCCUCGUGGUAUCGGCAGUCUGACAAAGCUGAGGGUCUUGGAUCUGGAAGAAAAUAAACUGGAAUCACUGCCCUCUGAGAUAGGUAAUUUGAAGGAACUUCAAAAAUUAGUGGUGCAAUCAAAUCAACUCGUGAACUUGCCAAGGGGGAUAGGGCGGUUGACCAACUUGACCAAUCUUGGUGUUGGAGAAAACAACCUGAACUCUCUGCCAGAGGAGAUAGGAACAUUGGAGCUACUGGAGCAGUUGUACCUAAAUGACAACCCCAAACUGAACGCACUGCCCUACGAGUUAGCUCUGUGCACCUCGCUACAGAUAAUGAGCAUUGAGAACUGUCCUCUGGCUAACAUACCUCCAGAGGUGACCGCAGGUGGACCAUCAUUGGUCAUUCAUUUCCUAAAGAUGCAAGGACCUUACCGUAACAUGGUUAACACUUGAGACUCGUCCAGGUUCAGGGGCCACAGUGUCACAUGUAAGCCACAGUGUCACAUGUAAGCCAUUGAGAUAAUGUUAAUGCAUGUUCAGGGGCCUCCCUACAACUUUUACAACCCACCUGUGGCAUUUUACUCUCACAUCACAAAGACAUGGAUAACUGUGUUGCAUCUGCAGUUUUUGCACUGAGGCGCUCCAUGGAGACUCUAUUUGUACAUAUUCCAGGGCCAGGAUGUUGAGUGGGUAUUAAAAAAAAAAUCGCCAAAAUGUACAGAUUUUUUUGUACAGAAAGCAGAGCAUCAAUGUGUGUGUCUGUAAUGAGUUGAUUACUGUCAGAAUGUCUGUAAUGUACGUCUGUUAUAGAUUACGUUCAUAAAACCAGGGCCCAAACUCAUGGUGGGAUUAAGCACACGAUUUUCUCUUCGUAACAACCUUUGUCAAUUUAAUACAGAGAAAGCAAAACAGUUAGCAUACAAAAAGAUACGCUAAGCCUGGUACGAAAUGGUUAUUUAAAUUCGUGCCAUAACAAUAGAAAUACCGCAAACCCAUAAGCACAUUGUACUACAUUGUAUUAAACUGUGUUUAUUCACUAAAGAAUCCAUAUAACCAACAUGAGGUGAACACUCCUCUUAAGACCAACCCGACCAACCAUAUAGGCCACUCGGGUUGGGACACACCAUUUUGGAGGGUUUGCUCUGGGGGAUUAAGACUCUUAACCACACUUAUCCUAUAAUUGGUUCCAUAAAGGAGUGACAGUCACUAUGCCUGAGAGAUUUCAAGCCUAUUAUUUCGUUGCUAAAUUCAAUCUAAAAGUAUUAUCAUGAUGAUGUACCUGAAAUGUUGACUUGUUUUAUAUGUUGAACUGUGAGAAUCGGUGAAUAAAUGGCCGAGAAGGAUCUUUUACUGCUAUGCCAGCAUAAACCACAAUCACCAGAAAGUAUAGUUCCAGAAAGCAGUGUGGCUAAUAGGUGGUAGUUCAUUUAACCACAAGCGAUUAUCUCGCUGGGACUGCUCCCCACGGGCUCCCAACAGAGGUCCAAAAUGGUGUGUGAAACUAGCCACUUUCUUAAGAGGGCCGUUUUCGUCAUGAAGGAGUGCUUGGGGGGUUUCAGGCCCUAGAG